UUUGGCGGUCAAUCGAAAUUUUCAAAAUUUUCGCAAAAUCGAUUCUCAUUUCAUACUCCUUUUUUUUUUUGGAACUAUUCUCAUUUCAUACUCCUAAAUUAAUUCAACACAAAAACCAUAAAAAAAAUUCAAGAUUCAAAAACUCAUCUGUUCCUAAAGAUCUGUGGGUUGGAGAUGAAUCUCAAAAUUCAGUCAAAUUCACAAACAGUUCCUGUGCAACCUGUGCUAUACCCAAUCCCUGUUUAUUUCUUGUACCAAAUCCUUGAAAUUCCGUAUGUUUUAGCAAUUGGGGCGGAAAUAUUUACCAAAAAUGAGUAAAAUUUGACCGAAUUUAGAUCGUUCGAGGAAAUUUCACUGGGCAUUAGUGUUUUUGGUGGAUUAAGUUUGGGUAAUAAUAGUUAUUAUGGUGAGAGAGCAAAAGGUAGAGUUGUUUUAUACUCGUCUUCGCGAAUCUGUAUCAGCUUCAUCGCUUUCGCCGUUGCUAAUAUUCCCUUCAACUUCUGAUGUUGAUUCAUUGUCUGCACUCAAAAUCAUUUUCCAUAUUCUGGAAUCGGAUUCUGUCCGUUACGCUUGUUAUCCGGUUUCUUCAUUUCAAGAGAUUCAUAAGUAUGCUGGUCCCGAGUUGAGUUCACAUACUUCGACUGAGCCCAUUUCGAUAUUGUUGAUAAAUUGGGGUUGUCAGCGUGAUUUGAGGCGGUUGCUUAAUUUGGGUGCGAAAGCCCGUGUGUUUGUUAUUGAUAGUCAUAGGCCUAUUCAUUUGCAUAAUUUGAGUGAUCAAAAUGAGAGUGUGAUUGUGCUUUAUUCGAAUGAUGACGAGCAUCAAGCUGAUUUAGCUUAUGAUUUUGAUGUUUCGGCUUUGGCUAAUGCCAGUGAGUUGAAUAGUGACUAUGAAGGUGAUAAUGAGAGCGAUGAUAGUGAGGAUGAUAGUGAGAGCGAGGAAGAAGAGGAUGGCAGUGGCGGUUCAAGGAAGCGAAGGAGGGUUUCGAAAGAAAAUGAAGAUGACCCUGUUCGGCUUUUUAGGAAAUUGAAGAGGAGUUAUUAUCAUAUGGGUACGUUUCAUGGGAAACCAUCUGGGUGCUUGAUGUAUGAUUUGUCGCAUUCAUUAAGGAAGAACACGACUGAGUUGCUUUGGUUGGCUUGUGUUUCACUAACUGAUCAGUUUGUCCAUGAGAGAUUAACUGAUGAGAGGUAUCAAGCUGGGGUUAUGGAGCUUGAGCAACAUAUUAACAGUUCUGGGAAUUUGGAGGCUGUUACUAUGGUGACUCUUAAAGAUGGAACAAAGAUUAGAGCUCCUGAAUCAUCAAGGAUUGCUUAUGAAGAUGAACCAAGGCUUAUGUUGUUAAGGGAGUGGAAUUUGUUUGAUUCAAUGUUGUGCUCCUCAUAUAUUGCCACUAAAUUGAAGACAUGGAGUGACAAUGGAAUAAAGAAGCUAAAGCUUCUCCUUGCAAGAAUGGGCUUUGCACUUGUGGAUUGCCAACAGAAGUUUCAGUACAUGAAUCAUGAAGUGAAGCGGAAAAUGAAAGAUGAGUUUGAACGAUUUUUACCAGAAUACGGGCUCACUGAUUUUUACUAUCGGAGUUUCAUGAGGUUACAUGGGUACAGUUCCAAGGUUUCUGCAGCAGAUGUGGUCUAUGGGGUUACUGCAUUGCUCGAGUCAUUUGUAAGCUCCGAUGGCUCUUGCGCUUCUAAGCAGUUUGGUGUGGCAUAUGAUGCACUCUCCUUAAACAACCUCGAUAAGUUGAAAGCUGGAAUGCAACAAGCAAUCAAGGUACAACGAUCAGUUCUUAGACAAGGAAGUGGAGCAAUCACAAAAAGUGGUGCUAUCAGGAGUGGAAGAAAGUUCAGAUGGGUAAAACUUGAGGAUUCAGUGGACACAAAGCUGUUGGGCUAUCCACAGGCUUUGACUAAAUUCUGCUAUUUUGUCAUGGAUGCCUUGAGGGAGAAAGGUGCCAGAGCAAAGCCCUUACUUUGCGCGUGUCUGUCACAGGAUCCAAACAAGAUGUUGAUUGUUGGGGUUUGUGGAAAACCUCGACUUGGUGCAGUUCAGGGGAAUGCCUUUGGGAUUGCAUUCAGAAAUGCAGCGGAGGAGAUUGGAGCCGAUUUCUUUCAUGAGUUGUUCGAAUCUUCUUGGAUUGUUUUAGAUAAAGUUGCAGUUAAUACUUUUAUGGUCAGGUUAACCGAGAAGCUCUGAUCGAUAACUUCGUAUGCUGUCUAGAUAUAUCUGUUCUCUUAAAGUUUCCAGCUCAUUUCCUACAAAAGUUAGUUUUACGAUUUGUGCUUUAGAAUUUUUUUCCAUGUUUCAAAUAGUUCAUACAUGCAAAAUCAAAGUUGAUCGAGUCAAUUGAGAAUCUUAUCUGUCUCAAUAAGUCUCUUGUCUUAUCGGCAAUGUAUAAGAAUUUUUCAUAAACUGUAAUUUUUUUAGUUUAGUUUCAAGUGCAAUGGAUGUGUUUCAUAAUCCCCGAGUAACUACUGCAGUCAAAUAGAAAAGAUAGGAGUGAAAGUUGUACUUGGAGGGAUUGUGUCCCUCAAGAGAUUUACCAAUAUCAAUAUGUAAUGGCUGAUCAAACAACUGUUGUGUUCCGAAUCCGAUUAAUGAUUUCAUGUUGUCUUCUCGUGA